GAGCCGUGAGCACCUGUGUGCGCCAGAGUUGCAGCAUGUUUCCCGCUCCGCAUCAUCUUCGCCUGGCUUUCGCUUAAUGCGCUAAACAUUUCUGGAGGACAUUUCUUUUCCAGCUCAUGUGACCUCAGCUGUCUUUGGAAUGAUGGGGACCUUACAUGAAAGUAUUGGAUUUGUGCUCUUUUCCUUUUUGACCAUUCAAGUUGGAUUUUCUCUUGAUGGAAAGUUUACCGAUUUCCCUACUAACAUCACUGCAAGGGAAGGGCAGAACAUUGAAAUGGCAUGUGCCUUUCAAAGUGGGAUGUCCUCGGUUUACUUAGAGAUCCAGUGGUGGUUUACUCGAGCUCCGGAGGAACUGAUUACGAGCGAGGAGGAUGAGGACGAUACUGAGAUGGAGCUGAUUCCAGAUCCGGAUCCUGAUGAAGAAGGGACUAAAAUAAGUACAGCCAAGGUCCAAGGCAAUGACAUCUCCCACAAUCUGCAGAUCUCUCGGGUGAGUAAGAACGACGAGGGUCUGUACGAAUGUCGCGUCACAGACGCUAACUACGGAGAGCUGAAGGAGUACAAGGCUCAAGCCUACCUGAAAGUCAACGCCACCAUCCGCCCUCGCAACAGGGCCAUUAAGAAGAGCUCUCCGCUGCACCUGACUGAUAAGAAACCCCGCAAGAGCAGCUCGGCUCUCGGCCAGGACAGCGACAGCAUGAGUUCAGACCAGAGGUCCCAGUCCACUUCUACUUCACAGACGGCACACUCCAAAACAGUGGAGCACAGCACAGGGUCAGGUACGAGGAUAUCCACGAGUAAUGGACUCGCUAUUCUGCUCCUCACAUCUGGCUUCAUGAGGGGAGCGUGGCUAUAGUUUCAAGACAGUGACUCUUUUUUCCCAGAAUCACUCUUAUUUCAGAGCCAAGAGAAAAUCGCCUGCUAUUUGGAUGGAACGGACAGCACAGCCUCAACACUGCACCCAAUGUAGUCUAACAAUCAUCACCAGAAGCACCUUCGUUUCUAAAGCCUAGGAGAAGGAAAACUGCCAUAAUGGACACGUGCUUCACGCUCCAAAUCAAACUCCGGACCGAACAAACGGACACGGACUCUUAUAGGGUCUUGCACCCCAUAUAUAUAUUUUUGGUUGUUUUUUGUUGACCUUUUAUCUCCAGCUGUGAAUUUAAUACAUGCUCUGAAGUUCCGAAGAGUCUAUAUUUGUGUAACAUAUGAAUAUAUGAACAGAUAUACAGUAUAUAUAUAGUAUCUGAUUUCAAAUUCCCUCCACUCUGUACAGCUGCCAUUCACUCGUCGUAUAUUCAUAUGCAAAAACAGCCUUGAAGUGAAAAUAACAGCACCACGGCUUAGUGCAUAUUGUGUCUGGAUCGCUAACUGAGCUCAGCUCGACUGUGUGGUAAACCACGGUGGUUUGCAUUAUUGCUUUGUUUUUGGCAUAAUAAAUGUAUGUUCUUUUUCUCCCCCGUAACACUGUAUCCUCACGUCGUGUGAGAGUCACGUUAAAGGAACACUCCACUAUUUUUGAAAAUAGGCUCAUUUUCCAG